GUGGCCCACUCCGCCGCCGCCCUCGCCGCGCAUGCGCUUCAAGGACAUCGCGCGUCGCAUCCAGGGCGGCGUGUCGUGCGCCGAGGAGCUCCGACCGCGCCGGGCGGGCCCGAGCCCCACCAGCGCGAGGUCCAGCUGCCGAGGCGGAGGAGCCGCCGGCGCGGCCGGCGGCGGUGCGGGUUCGGGCGCGCCGGCGGACCGCCUCGAG